AUGACUGUUGUCUUGCUGGGUUUGGCUGUCUGGUCCAUCCAUUAUGUCAGCAGUGAACCACCCCCCGCAGAAGGCACCCCGUCCCUCCCCGCAUGGCGCUUCACGCAUUCGCUCUACAACGUCUCCAUCUACGAGAAUUCGGCUCCCAAGACCUACGUGGAAAGCCUGGUGAAGAUGGGCAUCUACCUGGCCGAUCCUCGGUGGACAGUGAAAUACCGGAUCAUCGCCGGGGACGCAUCGAAUGUGUUCAAGGCCGAAGAGCAUGUGGUGGGCAACUUCUGCUUUCUGAGAAUCCGGACCAAGAGUAGCAACACGGCCCUCCUGAACAGAGAGGUACGGGACACGUACGUGCUCAUCAUCCAGGCCUCCGAAAAGUCCUCAGAGAUGGAGGCCCUUACCAGUGUGGCCGUGCGCAUCCUGGAUCAGAACGACCUGAAGCCCCUCUUCUCCCCGCCUUCUUAUAGGGUCACCAUUGCAGAAGACGCACCCCUCAAGAGACCCAUUUGCCAAGUGACAGCCACCGAUGCCGAUCUGGGCAGGAACGCUGACUUCUAUUAUGCCUUCAACACCAGAUCAGACGUGUUUGCCAUCCACCCCACCAGUGGCGUGAUUACUGUGGCCGGCAAACUCAACGUCACCCAGAGAGGGAAACACGAACUCCAGGUCCUGGCUGUGGAUCGCAUGCGCAAGCUGACAGAGGGUAAUGGCUUUGGAAAUGUGGCUCCCCUGAUCAUCUACGUGGAACCCUCCUCCAGGAAGCCCCCGGCCAUCGCUUCCAUGGUGGUGACUUCGACAGAUGAGGAUGGCAGCUACGCCACAGUCACCGUGGAUGGCGUGGGGGCCGACGUGGAAUCUCUGGAAAUUGUCAGUGGUGACCCGGGUCAGCACUUCAAAACCAUCAAAUCCUAUGCACACGGCAACCAGUUCAACCUGGUGGCCACCAAGGACAUCGACUGGGUCGUGUAUCGCCACGGGUUCAAUCUCAGCCUCCAGGCCCGGAGUGUGAACAAACCUUUCCAUUCCCACAUCAAGGCCUUCCACCUCCCACCGGCCCCGCUGGACUCGCUUAGGUUCGAGAAGGCCAUGUACAGGGUUCAACUUCACGAGUCCUCUCCUCCUGGGAGUCGGGUAGCCCUGGUCAAAGUGACCCCGAUUGUCCCCACCCUUCAGUAUGUCCUAAAGCCAUCCCCUGAUAGCGCGGGCUUUAAACUUAACACCCGUACUGGGUUGAUCACCACUACCAAGGUCUUGGAUUUUCAAGAUGGUGCCCAAUACCAGUUGCAUAUCAGAACCUCGGUGGGCGUGGCUUCUACCACCGUGGUCAUCGACAUGGUGGAUGGUAAUAACCAUGCCCCCGUCUUCAGCAGGCCUUCCUAUGAGGGUGUAGUGGAGGAGAACCUGCCUCUUGACACCCCAGUUUUGACCGUCUCAGCCACUGAUCAAGAUCCUGGAGAGAAUGGCUGCUUCACCUAUUGCCUUGUGGGUCCCCAAGGGGUGCCAUUUACCAUCAAUCCUUUCUCAGGGGUCAUCUCCACCACCAAACCCAUGGAUUACGAGCUCAUGAAGAGAAUUUAUACCUUCCGUGUACGGGCGUCUGAUUGGGGGUCUCCAUUCCGCCAAGAGAAAGAAGUGUCGGUAUCCAUUCGGCUCAAGAACUUGAACGACAACCAGCCUAUGUUCGAAGAGGUCAACUGUACCGUGUCUCUGCGCCAAGACUCACCGGUGGGCAGGUCCGUGCUGACCAUGUCGGCCAUCGACGUGGAUGAGCUCCAGAACCUCAGAUAUGAGAUCAUGUCGGGCAACGAGCAGGGGUAUUUUGAUCUCCAUCAUUUCUCCGGGGUGAUCUCCCUCAGGCGUUCCUUUACGAAUCUCACUGGUGGCCAGCCCAUGAGCUAUUCCUUAAAGAUCACAGCCACCGAUGGCCAACACCACGCCACGCCCACCACGGUGAAUGUCACCGUGGUGCAGGAUCCCCGUUUGGAAGCCCCGGCCACCUGUGACAAAACGGGGGUCUUGACACAUUUCACCCAGACCAUCCUCCAUUCUGUGAGCCUCCAGGACCAGGAGUUCAGUGAUGAAGAAGUUGCUUCCCUGAGCACCUAUCAGAUCAAUGACCACGCCCCCCGCUUUGAGGACCACUUCCCUCAGACCAUUGAUGUCUCUGAGCAGGUUCCCACGGACACACCCUUGGCCCACCUGGCCGCCACCGACCCCGAUGAGGGCUUCCAUGGCAAACUGGUCUACGUGAUUGCAGAAGGCAACGAUGAAGGUCGCUUUGACCUUGAGCUGGAGACGGGGUGGCUGAGGGUAGCGGCCCCCCUGGAUUAUGAGGCCACCAGUUUCUACGUGCUCAACGUGACCGUGUUCGACCUGGGCACGCCUCAGAAGUCCUCCUGGAAGCUGCUGACGGUGACCGUGCAAGACUGGAAUGACAAUGCGCCUCAGUUUCCCCCGGGUGGGUACCAGCUCACCGUCUCGGAAGACACCGAUGUGGGAACCACCAUCGCAGAGCUGCAAGCCCAUGAUGCUGACUUGGAGGAAAAUGGCAGGGUUCGCUACACCCUGCUGAGUCCCACGGACAGAUUCUCCCUGCAUCCUCACACUGGGGUGCUGGUGGUCACGGGGCCCCUUGAUCGCGAAUCCGAACCCCGCUAUGUGCUCAAGGUAGAAGCCAGGGAUCAACCCAGGACGGGCCAUCAGCUCUACUCAGUUACAGAUUUGAUCAUCACCGUGGCCGAUACCAAUGACAAUGCCCCCCAGUGUGUCCCCGAGCCCAGCCGCCUGAGGGUCCCCGAGGACCUGCCCCCCGGGACUGUGUUGACUUUCCUGGAUGCCUUCGACCCCGAUCUCGGCCCCUCAGGGGACCUGCGUUAUGUCCUGUUGGAUGAUGUCCACGGAACCUUCCGGAUUGACCUGCUGACAGGGGUGUUGAGUCUGGAGAGAGAGUUGGACUUUGAGAAGCGGGCUGGGUACAAUCUGAGCCUGUGGGUUAGGGACAGUGGAAGGCCCCUGUCCCGCAGGACCCUCUGUCAUGUGGAAGUGACGGUCCUGGACGUGAAUGAGAAUCUCCACCCUCCUCGCUUCGUCUCCUUCGUGCACCAGGGCCAGGUGCGGGAGGAGAGCCCCCCGGGGAUGCCUGUAAUGCAGGUGACCGCCCAGGAUGAUGACGACGGCUCGGAUGGGGAGCUGCAGUACUUUCUGCGGGCUGGUACCGGCCUUGAUGCCUUUAGUAUCGACCGGGAUACAGGAAUGAUUCAGACGCUGGCGCCCCUGGAUCGAGAAUUCAUCCCCUCCUAUUGGCUGACAGUGCUGGCUGUGGACAGGGGCUCGGUACCCCUGUCUGCUGUCACUGAAGUCUACAUUGAGGUGACGGAUGUGAAUGACAACCCACCCCGGAUAUCCCAAGCCGUGUUCUACCCCUCUGUCCUGGAGGAUGCACCUCUGGGCACCUCUGUGUUGCAGCUGGAUGCCUUGGACCCGGAUUCCAGCUCACAGGGGAAGCUCACGUUCAACAUCACCGGGGGGAACCAUGGGGGAUUCUUCCUGAUCCAUCCAUCCACAGGUCUCCUAUCUACUGCCAGGCAGCUGGACAGAGAGAGCAAGGAUGAACACAUCCUAGAGGUGACUGUGCUGGACAAUGGAGAACCCCUCCUGAAGUCCACUUCCAGAGUGGUGGUGAGCAUCUUGGAUGUCAACGACAACCCGCCUGUGUUUUCCCACAAGCUCCUCAAUGUCCGCCUUCCAGAGAGGCUGAGCCCCGUGCCUCCUGGGCCUGUGUACAGGCUGGUGGCUUCAGACCCGGAUGAGGGUCUCAAUGGCAGAGUCACCUACAGUAUCGAAGAGAGCGAUGAGGAGGGCUUCAGAAUCGACCCAGGCAUCGGUGUGGUGUCAUCCAGCAGUACCUUUGCAGCUGGAGAAUAUAACAUCCUCACGAUCAAGGCAACCGACAGUGGGCAACCGCCACUCUCAACCAGCGUCCGGCUACAUAUUGAGUGGAUUCCUCAGCCUCGGCCAUCCUCCGUACCCCUCAUCUUUGAUGAACCCCAGUACAGCUUCACGGUCAUGGAGACAGACCCCGUAAACCAUAUGCUAGGGGUCAUCAGUGUAGAAGGCCGGCCUGGCCUCUUCUGGUUCAACAUCUCAGAUGGUGACAAAGACAUGGACUUUGACAUCGAGAAGACCACAGGCAGCAUCGUCAUCGCCAGACCUCUGGACACAAGGAGAAGAUCCCGCUAUAACUUGACAGUGGAGGUGACCGAUGGAUUCCACACCAUUGCCACUCAGGUCUACAUCUUCAUGAUCGCCAACGUGAACCGUCACCGGCCGCAGUUUCGGAAGCCGCAUUAUGAGGUCCGGGUCCCUCAGGACACCCGGGCUGGGGUGGAGCUCCUGCGAGUCCAAGCUACGGAUGAAGACAAGGGCAAGGGUCUCAUCUACACCAUCCAGGGCAGCCAAGACCCAGGAAGCACUGGCCUCUUCCAGCUGGACCCCAACAGCGGUGCUUUAGUGACAGUGGGGAAAUUGGAUCUGGGCUCAGGACCUUCCCAGCACACGCUGACCGUUAUGGUUCGCGAUCAAGAGAUGCCCAUCAAGAGGAACUUUGUGUGGGUGACGAUUCACGUGGAAGAUGGGAACCUCCACAAGCCCAAGUUCAUCCAGCCUCAUUAUGAAGCCAGGGUCCCCGACACAACAGUCCCAGGCACAGAGCUGCUCCAGGUCCGAGCCGUGGAUGCUGACCGGGGAGCCAAUGCGGAGAUCCAUUACUCCCUCCUGAAAGGCAACAGUGAGGAUUUCUUCAACAUCGAUUCCCUCCUAGGUAUCAUCACAGCAGCCCAGAAACUCAAUCAGACAAAUCACGGCCGGUAUACCUUGACCGUGAAGGCCGAAGAUCAAGGUUCCCCACAGAAGCAAGACCUGGCUACGGUGAUCAUUCAUGUCUACCCCUCAGACAGUAGCGCUCCUAUCUUUUCACAACCUGAGUACUUCAUCGAGAUCCCCGAAUCCAUCCCUCAUGGCUCACCGAUCCUCCUGGUAUCUGCUACCAGUCCCACAGAAGUGACCUAUGAAUUGAGAGAAGGAAAUAAGGAUAGCGUGUUCUCCCUGAAUUCCUAUUCUGGCCUCCUUUCCACCCAGAAGACCUUCGAUCAUGAGAAAAUCUCAUCUUACCAACUGAAGAUCCGGGGCAGCAAUAUGGCAGGUACUUACACCGAUGUCGUGGUCCUGGUUUACAUCAUCGACGACAACGACAAUGCACCUGCGUUCUUCAAGUCCACGUUUGUGGGUUCCGUCAGUGAAGCAGCUCCAUUGCACAGUCUGAUUGUGGAUGAGAAAAACCAGCCAUUCGUCAUCCGUGCCUCCGAUUUGGACAAAGAAGCCAACUCCUUGUUGGUGUAUCAAAUCUUACAACCAGAAGCCCUAAAGUUUUUCACAAUAGACCCCAGUAUGGGGACACUCACCAUGGCAUCAGAGAUCGAUUAUGAGGCCACACCCUCUCUCCAGUUCAACGUCUACGUGCACGACCAAGGGAAUCCCCUCUUGUUUGCACCCAGGCCUGCCAAGGUCAUCGUCAAGGUCAGAGACGUGAAUGAUUCUCCCCCAAGGUUCUCAGAGCAGAUUUAUGAAGUUACACUCACGGGACCCACCCACCCAGGGAUGGAGCUUCUUGUGGUUCGAGCCAGUGAUGAGGACUCAGAAAUCCACUACAGCAUCAAAACUGGUAACACAGAUGAAGCCGUGGCCCUUCACCCCCUCAGCGGUCGCCUCUCUGUGCUGAAUCCCGCCCUCCUGGGGGCCCCGAGGAAGCUCUUCAUCCGGGCCUCUGAUGGUGUGUAUCAAGACACAGCAUUGGUCAAGAUUUCUCUGGCCCACAACCCUGACAACAGUUUGCGCUUCGAUCGGGAGGUUUAUGGCGCAAGCGUGGAUGAGAAUAGCCAGGAGCGGAAAGCCUUGGUGAUUCUCCGUGUCCAGGGCCACCGUGUGAAUGACACCCUUUCCUUCUUCCUCCUGAAUGGUACGGAUUGCUUUCGCAUGGUCAGGUCAGCAGGGGUGCUGCAAACGAGAGGUGUGGCCUUGGAUCGGGAACGGCAGGACACUCACGUGGUGGCGGUGGAAGUGAGGGACAAUCGUGUCCCUCCCAGGGUGGCUCAGGCAUUGGUCAGGGUCUCCGUGGAGGAUGUUAAUGACAGUCCCCCUGUGUUUCAGCAUCUGCCCUAUUACACAACCAUCCAAGAUGGCACGGAGCCAGGAGACGUCCUGUUUCAGGUAUCGGCCACGGAUGAAGACUUGGGAGCCAAUGGGACGGUCACGUUUGCCUUUGCCGAAGAGUAUACCUAUUUCCGAAUUGACCCUUACGUGGGAGACAUUACCCUGAAGAAACCUUUUGAUUACCAAGCUUUAAAUAAGUAUCGCCUCAAAGUGAUCGCGCGGGAUGGAGGAACCCCCGCUUUGCAGACGGAGGAAGAAGUCCUGGUGAUCGUGAGAAAUAAAUCCAAUCCACUCUUUCAGAGUCCUUACUACAAAGUCAGAGUUCCCGAGAACAUCACACUCUACACGCCCAUCCUUCAUACCCAAGCGCGGAGCCCGGAAGGCCUCAGACUGAUCUACAAUAUCGUAGAGGAAGAACCCCUGAUGCUCUUUACAACUGACUUCAAGACCGGCGUCCUCACCGUGACAGGACCUUUAGAUUAUGAAUCUCGGAGAAAGCACGUGUUCACGGUCCGUGCCACGGAUACGGCGCUGGGCUCCUUUUCUGAAGCCAUAGUGGAAGUCUUGGUGGGCGAUGUGAAUGACAAUCCUCCCACGUUUCCCCAGUUGGUCUACACCGCUUCGAUUUCCGAAGGUCUCCCUGCUCAUACCCCUGUGAUCCAACUGUUAGCUUCUGAUCAAGACUCUGGGCAGAACAGUGAUAUCUCCUAUCAGAUCCUGGAGGAUGGAUCGGGGGUCUCUGAUGUUUUCCAGAUCAAUGGGAGUACCGGGGAGAUGUUCACUGCUCAGGAAUUGGAUUAUGAAGUCCAGCAAUAUUUUCACGUGAAGGUCAGGGCUGUGGACAGGGGCGAUCCUCCUCUCACUGGAGAAACCCUUGUGAUUGUGAACGUGUCUGAUGUCAAUGACAACGCCCCUGAGUUCCAGCAGCCUCAGUACGAAGCCACUGUCAGUGAGCUAGCGACCUGUGGCCACUUGGUUCUUAAAGUCCAGGCUCUCGAUCCUGACCUGGGAGAUACUUCCCGCCUAGAGUACCUGAUUCUUUCUGGCAAUCAAGACCGACACUUCUCCAUUAACAGCUCCUCGGGGGUCAUUUCUAUGUUCAAUCUUUGCAAGAAACAAUUGGGAUCUUCUUAUCAUUUGAGGGUAGGUGCUUCUGAUGGGGUCUUCCGGGCUGCCGUCCCUGUGUAUAUAAACACUACCAAUGCCAACAAAUACAGCCCAGAGUUCCAGCAGCACAUUUACGAGGCAGAAUUAGCCGAGAACGCCAAAGUGGGAACAAAGGUGAUCGAGUUAUUGGCGAUCGACAAGGACAGCGGUCCCUACGGCACAGUAGAUUACACAAUAAUCAAUAAACUGGCAGGGGAGAAGUUCACCAUCAACCCCAGCGGCCAGAUCACCACACUGCAGGAAUUAGAUCGAGAAAAUUCCACCGAAAGAGUGGUCGCCAUCAAAGUCAUGGCGAGGGACGGAGGGGGGAAAGUGGCCUUCUGUACUGUGAAGAUCAUUGUCACUGAUGAAAAUGACAACCCCCCACAGUUCAAGGCCUCUGGGUACACUGUAUCCAUCCCGUCCAAUGUCAGCCGGGGUUCUCCGGUCAUCCAGGUGUUGGCUUACGAUGCCGAUGAAGGCCGGAAUGCCGAUGUGACCUACUCCGUUGACUCCCCGGAAGUCCUGGUUGGAGAGAUCGUCACCAUCAACCCAAGCACUGGAGUGGUUAAGGUGAAAGAGAGCCUGGUAGGAUUGGAAAACAGGGCUGUUGACUUCCAGAUCAAAGCCCAGGAUGGGGGUCCUCCUCACUGGGAAUCUUUGGUGCCCAUCCGACUUCAGGUUGUUCCUAAUGAAGUCUCUUUACCCAAAUUCUCGGAACCUUUGUAUACUUUCUCUGCAGCCGAAGACCUCCCAGAAGGGUCUGAAAUUGGGUUUGUUAAAGCUGUGGCCGGUCAAGAUCCAAUCAUCUAUAGUCUAGUGGAAGGUACCACACCCGAGAGUAACAAAGAUGGGGUUUUCUCCUUGGAUCAAGACACCGGGGUCUUGAAAGUGAGGAAACCCAUUGACCAUGAGUCCACCAAAUGGUACCAGAUCGAUCUGAUGGCUCACUGCCCCCAUGAGGACACCGACUUGGUGUCUUUGGUCUCUGUCAACAUCCAAGUGGAAGAUGUCAACGACAACAGGCCUAUAUUUGAGGCGGAUCCCUACAAGGCUUUCCUCACUGAGAAUAUGCCCGGAGGGACCACGGUCAUCCAAGUGACAGCUAAUGACCAGGACACUGGCAGUGAUGGCCAAGUGAGUUAUAGGCUUUUGGCAGAGUCUGGUAGUCAGAUCCACGAGCUGUUUGCCAUUGAUAGUGACAGUGGUUGGAUCACCACGCUCCAAGAACUUGACUGUGAGGCCCAACAGACUUAUCACUUUUACGUAGUCGCCUCUGAUCAUGGACGGACCAUCCAGUUAUCCUCCCAAGCCCUGGUUGAGGUCUUCAUCACCGAUGAAAAUGACAACGCUCCUCGAUUUGCUUUAGAAGACUACAGAGGCUCGGUGGUGGAGAACGGUGAGCCAGGAGAACUGGUAGCAACCUUAAAGACUUUGGAUGCUGACAUCUCUGAGCAGAACAGACAGGUCACCUGCUACAUCACAGAGGGGGAUCCCCUGGGCCAGUUCAGCAUCCAUCAAGAUGGCGACGAAUGGAAGAUCUCCUCCAAAGAAACCCUGGAUCGUGAGCACACGGCCAAGUACUUGCUCAGAAUCACAGCGUCUGAUGGCAAAUUCCAGACUUCGGUUCCUGUGGAAGUCUUUGUCCUGGACAUCAAUGAUAACAGUCCACAGUGCUCCCAGCUUGUCUACACUGGCAAGGUCCGUGAAGAUGUCUCUCCAGGACAUUCCAUUUUGAAAGUUUCUGCCACGGACUUGGAUGCAGACGCCAAUGCCCAGAUCACAUAUAGUCUGCAUGGCCCUGGGGCGAGCGAAUUCAAGCUAGACCCUCACACAGGGAUGCUGACCACAUUCACGGCGCUCGAUCGCGAGCAAAAGGAUGUGUAUUACCUCUUUGCCAAGGCCACAGAUGGAGGCGGCCGAUCGUGCCAGGCAGAUGUGACCUUACACGUGGAAGACGUCAAUGACAACGCCCCUCGGUUCUUCCCCAGCCACUGUGCCGUGGUUGUCUUCGAUAACACCACGGUGAAGACCCCUGUGGCUGUGGUAUUUGCCAGGGACCCUGACCAAGGCGCCAACGCGCAGGUGGUCUACUCCCUGCCGGAUUCUGCCGACGGCCAGUUCUCCAUCGACGCGGCCACGGGCGUGAUCCGGCUGGAGAAGCCGCUGCAGGGCCCGGCCCGGGCGGCGCUGGAGCUCACGGUGCGCGCCUCGGACCUGGGCAGCCCGGUGCCGCUGUCGGCGCUGGGCACGGUGGCCGUCGCGGUGGUGGGGCUGGAGGACUACCUGCCGGCGUUCCUGAGCCCGGAGCACAGCGUGCGCGUGCGCGAGGACGCCGCGCCCGGCACGCCGCUGCUGCCGCUGGCCGCGCUCGCGCGCCCCGGGGCCGGGCACGCGGGCUUCCGCCUCCUCAGCGGGAACGAGCAGGGCCGGUUCCGCCUGGAUGCCGGCACAGGGAUCCUGUAUGUCAACCAGAGCCUGGACUUUGAGACAAGCCCCAAGCACUUCCUGUCCAUCGAGUGCAGCCGCCAGGGCUCCUCAUCUCUCAGUGAUGUGGCCACCAUUGUGGUCAACAUCACAGAUGUGAACGAGCACCGUCCCAGAUUCUCCCAGGAGCGCUACAGUGCCAGUGUGCCAGAGAACGCCUUCGUGGGCAACGUCAUCCUCACAGUGUCAGCAACUGAUGAGGAUGGACCCCUAAACAGUGCUAUUACCUAUAGCCUCGUAGGAGGGAAUCAGCUCCAGCACUUCACCAUCCACCCCAAGAAGGGGGAGCUGCAGGUGGCUAAAGCCCUGGACUGGGAGCAGACGUCCAGCUACUCCCUGAGACUCCGGGCCACAGACAACGGGCAGCCCCCACAGCACGAGGAUGUCGAGGUGGACGUCCACGUGGCUGAUGUGAAUGACAAUCCCCCAAGAUUCUUCCAGCUCAACUACAGCACCACGGUCCAGGAGAACUCCCCUGUUGGAAGUAAAGUCUUACAGCUGAUCGUGAGUGACCCGGACUCCCCAGAGAAUGGCCCGCCCUACUCCUUCCGGAUCACGCAGGGGAACGUGGCUUCCACCUUCCGAGUGACCCCAGAUGGGUGGCUGGUGACCACCGGCGCCCUGAGCAGGAAGGCCCAGGAGCGGUAUCAGCUUCAGGUCGAGGCCUCAGACAGUGGCAUUCCUCCCCUGUCCUCUGUAACGUGGGUCCACGUCCACGUCACAGAGCCCAGCCACUACCCCCCCUCCGCCCUCCCACUGGAGAUUUUCAUCACCACCGGGGAGAGGGGGUUCCACGGUGGCGUGCUGGGGAAGAUCCACGCCACGGACCGAGAUCCUCAGGACACGCUGACCUACAGCCUAGCAGGCGAGGAGACUCUGGGCACCGGCUUCUCCGUGGGGUCCACGGAUGGCAAGAUUCUCGCCACCCAGGAACUGCCCCGUGGCCGCUACUCCUUCAACGUCACGGUCAGUGACGGCACCUUUGCCACCACCGCUGGGGUCCACGUCCACGUGUGGCACGCGGGGCGCGAGGCCCUGCGCCAGGCCCUCUGGGUGAGUUUCCAGCAGCUCACCCCGGAGGAGCUGGUGAGCGAUCACUGGAGAAACCUCCAGCGUUUCCUCAGACACAAGCUAGACAUCAAACGUGCCAACAUCCACCUGGCCAGCCUGCAACCUGCCCAGGCCGGGCCUGGCGUGGAUCUGCUCCUGGUCUUUGAGGAGCCUUCUAGAACAUUCCACCACCUGCAAGAAUGGGCGUCCGGCUUGGUUCACUCGGCCAAGGAGAUGGAACAGUCGGUGGGGAUUCAGAUAAGGUCGGCCCUGCCCGUGGGGCCUUGCCAGGGACCGAGCUGCCAGGAUCCGUCAUGCCAAAUGAUGGUGCACUUGGACCCCAAUGUGGGGCCCCCCUAUAGCACAGCCAGGCUCAGCAUCCUCACGCCGCGACACCGUCUGGAGAGAAGCUGCUCCUGUAAUGGCACCGCAGCCAGGUUCAAUGGUCAGAGCUACGUGCGGUACCGGGCGCAGGCUGGGACCUGGCGCAUCCAUUUCCACAUGCAAACACGCCAGCCUCAGGCCAUUCUCCUGGUCUCUAAUGACUCGGCAUCCAUUUCCUUGAAGCUGGCCAGGGGUGUGCCCCAGCUGGAAUACCGCUGUCCAGGUGGUUUCUAUGGCAACCUUUCCUCCAGGAUCCCGGUGGAUGAUGGGGAGUGGCAUUCCCUGGGGCUGGAGUUGACGGACGCUUGGGUUCGCCUGCUGACCGACAGCUCGGGCAAAGCCUCACUCAUCAUCCCGGAGAACUGCCGAGGCCUGGGGCCGGAGGAGAGACUCCUGAUCCUGGGUGGCGGCCCUGUGCCUUCCCACACGUCCCCCAAUGUCACCCAGGGUUUCCAAGGCUGCCUGGAUGGCCUGGUGGUCAACGGCAAGGGGCUGGAGCUUGUGGGUCAUGCAGAGAGGACGGCAGGCGUGCUGGAGAGAGAGGCCCUCAGCCCGUGCUGCCCACGCAGUGACGCCUGCAGCCCAGACCCCUGCCUCAACGGGGGGACGUGCUCGCAGGUCCCCGGGACAGGCUACGUCUGCAGCUGUGCCCCACCAUUCUCCGGGCGGCACUGUGAACUACAGAGAGAGAAUUGCACUUCCGUGCCGUGCCUGGAAGGGGGGACUUGCAUGUCCUCCCCGGAAGGAACUUCCUGUAACUGCCCUCACCCCUACACAGGGGACAGGUGUGAAAUGGAGGCCAGGGGUUGCUCAGAAGGACAUUGCUUAAUCACACCCGAGAUCACGCGGGGGGACUGGGGACAGCAGGAGUUACUGAUCGUUAUCGUGGCCAUCUUGGUCAUGGUGGUGAGCACGGCUGGCUUUCUCUUCUACUGUCGCCGCUGCAAGUCUCACAAGCCAGUGACGAUGGAGGAUCCCGAUCUCCUCGCGCGGAGCAUCGGGGUAGACACCCAAGCCCUGCCAGCCAUUGAGCUCGACCCUCUGACCACCAGCUCCUGCACCAACUUGAACCAACCGGAGCCCAGCAAGACUUCCAUUCCCAGUGAACUCGUCACUUUCGGGCCAAACUCUAAGCAGCAACCAGUGGUCUGCAGCGUGCCGCCCAGGCUCCCGACAUCCACUGCGGUCCCUCCACAUCCGGACCACAAGUGCAUCAUGAAGAGGACCUGGUCAGGAGAGGAGAUGGUGUAUCCCAGCAGAGUUGCGGUCUGGCCCCCCACUUACUCCAGGAGCGAUCGCUGGCAGUACGCUCACUCCGAAGUGGCUCAGGAUCCUCAGCCACCUUCCCCCCAUCAUCGUGCAGCCAUGAUCCCAGAGCCCGCUGGUCUCUACGGGGGGUUCCCCUUCCCCCUGGAACUGGAAAACAAGAGGGCACCCCUCCCACCCCGUUACAGCAACCAGAACCUGGAAGACCUGAUGCCCCCGCCCCCCGCAGCCCCCGGCCCCCGUGAACCUCUGCUGCCGCCUUCUCUCAAUGAGUACACGGCCAUCAGCUACUACCAUUCGCUCCGGCAGGGAGGGGGCGGGCCCUGCCUGGCAGAGGGCGGCUACAAGGGGGUGAGCAUGCGGCUCAGCAGGGCCGGACCCUCGUACGCUGACUGUGAGGUAGAAGGGGGACCUCCUGUGGGUCGGGGCCAGCCCCGAGCCCCCCCCAAUUAUGAAGGUUCAGACAUGGUGGAGAGUGAUUACGGGAGCUGUGAAGAAGUGAUGUUCUAGCUUCAUGUUCUCAGAGGAAGAGGAGCCGGAGGUCCUUCCCCCCAUCUUCUAGUCUCCUAGGGAGCCAGUGGAGUGUGGCUGGAGAAAGGACCCCACCACUUGAAAUUUUUCCUUCCAGUCUCUGAGGAUGGAAGGAAGCCGAGGAUGGAGUUUAAAAAAAAAAAAAAAGCGCUAGGGUUCAGAGAAGAAGGGAUGCUCUCGGAGCUGGUUUCCUAGGACACCAGCCAUCGCUGCCUCCCAGGAUGGACAAGAAGGGAUGGGCUGGAUGCUGACCCUGGCACCUCGUUGCCCGGACGACAGGGCCAGUUUGGCUGGGUUGAUGUUCAUUCCCCUGCUCCACCCCGGGGUCCACCUAGCGGCCGAGUGGGGAACAGCAGGUAAAGCCACCUGCACAUGGGUUCUUCUGCGCACGUUCAUCCACUGUCUGCCUAUGUCUGUGGGUGCCAGGCACUGGGCUAGGUGCCCCUCUCCCUCCCCCCGGAAGCAUCUCUGGGGCCCCAGUCUCCCCGAAGUGCCACUCCUUAUAUAGCCCAAACAGCAGAGGGAUUUCCUUUGUUUCUUUUCAUCUCUGGUCCAGCCUGGGUCUGCCAAGAGCACCCCCAAACUUUGCUCUUGUGAAGAAUUCAAAACUUCGUGGAACUCUUGGGUUCUUUACCCCCAAGUUUCUCAGGCACUUUUUUUUUUGGGGGGGGGGUGAGGGCCUGAAGGCGGGAAGGACAUAAGUACUUCAUUUAAAUUUCAGCCUUGCUGUCUGGAUGAAAGAAAAAGACAUUUCCUCUUUAGACACAAGCAACUUGGAACCGCUGUUUGCAGGGAGCCAAGGGCUGGACCCUUUGCCAGUUCCCGCCCAUUCCUGCCUGUUCCCGCCCCUUCCUCUCAGAUGCCUGCCAAUCAAGUGUUGCCCUCCCUGACUCCGCCCUAUGCAUGGAGGGUCACUGUGGGCUAGGGUCCACAGGUGUGAGCAACCAUGGACAUGGUGUGUGUGUGAGACACACGUGUGGGGGGGUGUGCAGUUGGGGUGGCAGAGAAGCCAGCGAGGCCUGUGGUGGCCUCAGUGCCCUGUCCUCUGCCAGUCCCUCUCUGGUCCACUGCCUUUUCAUAAGUGUGGGGUUUGUUGGUUUUGUUUUGGAGACAAAAGUCAAAAUAGAAGAGCCACUGCCCAGCGACCUGCAUGGGGCUGCUAUCCCUAGCCAGAGGGAACUGCAUGGGGGAGAAUGGAUUGAGAGAGUGCG